AUGAUUUUCUCGAAUGCAUUUACCUACGCAUCAUCAGUUCUCGAAGAAAAACGCGAUGUAGACUCCUUGGAAAAACGCGCACCACCACCAGAACCAGAUAUAGGCAAAGCUGCUUUUGCAAGAUUCGGUGACAAUGAUAAAGUCAAAGGUGUAGUCACCUUUGUUGAGGAGUUUGACGUUAAAGCUAGUUAUCGACUGCUAGUUACAACUGCACUGUUCUCCGAUGGUUUUGUGGACCCGAAUGUUAAUAAUUAUAGAUUUAUCAUUGGAGACAAAAGUGUGACUGAUGUUUUUUCAACCUUGCAAAUUAAUUCUCCUAAAGCCAAAUUUAGUGGCGAUUGCAGUAUUAUCGUCGAUGGACUUAGAGUUAAAGAUAUUGUAGGCAAGAAAUUCGUUAUUUUGAGAAAGUUUAAGAAGGGGUUUGUGAGAAUUGGCCAAGAUAAAAUUUCAGCUUUCUAA